CCUAAGUCAGUCUGGUUGCUAUGGAAAACAAAGUUUAUCAACAAUAAGAUAUUUGUCCAAGUAGCAUCUCUGACAAAAGAGAUGAUGAUUGGAUGAAUUCAUACAAAAACCAGAAUAUGAAAGCUUCAGCCGUUAGCAUUUAUUGUAAUUUCUCAGCAUUAACAUGGAAACCAAAUGUGUCCUCUGCAUUUGACAUAUGUGUAAACAAGCAGUACAUGUAGAAAAGGUGUGUCCAUGUGGUCAAAGUAUUCUGUUUAUUACACAAUAAUCUGUGUAAUGUCUUACAGUACAAGUUCUUUUUUGUAAUAUAGUGUUUGAUGGGCAUCCCCACCCACCAUGUGAACUGCUGAGAGGUCAAAAAACACACAUACACACACAGGCUCAGAUAAACACAAACUCAUAACCAAAGAGAACACACCCUGUCCCUAUCACUCACAGUUAACCAUUUACACAUUUUGCAACAUCAAGUAAUGCAGCAAUUCAGCAUCCACACCACCCACCCAACAACCCCGUCAACAACCCCGUCCAUUCUAGCCCUCUAUAUAAAUUCCCCCGCUGCGUCCCUCUGUCUUCCUCAUCUGCUAACUAACAGUUAGCCAUGCAUACAUUAAUGUUUCUAAUUCUGCUCUUAUGGAUGUGUGGAUGCAGCGCAGGAGGACAGUCACAGCACAGUCUGCAGAAAUCACAGAGAGAAGCAGCAGUGCUGACCUCCUGUGACUUUAACCAGGACAGUGACCCCUUCUGCAGGUUCAGUCAGGACAACACAGACAGCAAUGACUGGACAAGACACAAAGGUCCAACCCCGACAGAUGGCACUGGUCCCCAUGGAGACUACCCUGAUGGAAAGGGCUACUAUAUUUACCAUGAAGCUGACAAUGUGGCUAAUGGACAGAAAGCUCGUCUGCUGAGCCCAGCCCUCUCAUCACCGGCCUCUCAGAUCUGUGUCCAGUUUCGAUACUAUAUGUAUGGUUCAGACAAUAACAAUGUCUUGAGGGUACUGGCCAAGGGGCCUGGAGCUGAGGAGGAGGUCUGGAAGAAGACAGGAAUCCAGAGUCCAUCCUGGCUGCAGGGCUCAGUCACUGUGUCAAAACCCAGCAGUCAGAGUGUCACUAUUGUCUUCGAGGCUCAGAGAGGCUUCAGUCCUUUCUGUGACUCAGCUCUGGACAACAUUGUCGUUACUGAAGGAGCUUGUCCCU